AGUGGUAGGACAUCAUUCAUACGGCCGGCGUGCAGCUCCAAAAGCAAGCAAAGCACAGCUGGUGAGGCAGAGCAGCAUGUCGUCGUGGUUGCACUCCGACCGGAGGGGGGCUCGCUCCUGGAAGCGGAGCUGGACGGCGCGCGCGCUCUCCUCGUGCUCGCUCCCGCCGCCACGCCUGCUGGCCUUCUUCGCCAUCGUCCUCUUCUUCCUCUCCGUGUCCGGGUACGUGGACUACAAGGCCAUGGAGCGCCGCGCCGAGAUCGGCGCCCGCGUCUUCGCCGCCCCGCUCGUCCUCACGGCCGCCUUCCUCCUCUUCGCCGCGCUCAGCUGGCGACGUAGGUACUGGACCACGAGGGUCUACCGAGCGACAGCGACAGUGCCCGCAGCUGGAUCUGCCACGUCGACGGCGGCGCCGUGGGGCGUGGCGGUGGCGGUGGUGGUGGUGCUGUUAAUGGUGUCGUUCCAGUCCUCCGUCCACUCCAUGUGGUUCAGGCCUCUCUGGGGCUCCGACUACUACUCCUAGGCGGCUAGGCCUGGGCUACCUGUCAGCUAGCAGCUAGUGAUCGAGAGCCAUGCAUGCAUGCUACUUGUCAAAUUCAUCGAGCUUCUUCCUCCUUCCCCAGCGGCUUAACUAAGCAGUACUGUACUUCUCAUAGUAUGAAUUGAAAGAUGUGCUAUACCAUCUGGUUUGAUUUCCAAGUUAGAUGUAUGCUUGCUUAUGUCUAUACAUAGCUGUGCGUACUGUGUUUUCAGUAA